AUGGCGUCGUAUUCUGCUCCUGUGAACUUCAAUGAAAGCGGACCGUCCUCUUACUCGCCUACCUCGCCUCGACAUCAACAGCGGCAGUCCGUCGCGACCGAGGCGUCAGGCAUCUCCGGGAUUGCGGACAGCACCAUCUCUUACAACACCUAUGCUACUGGCAUCACCGGAGAGUCUCUACGCCUAUCCCAGCUGCAGUUUCCACCUCCACCCAGCACACUCCCACCCGGCACAUCUCCAAACACACCGACUACGGCCACGCUCAACCUAGCGCAUGGCUUUCCCUCCACUCCUUCCGCAUCACAGGCCGCACGCCCUAACUUCAAUCCUUCGCCCCUGCGCGGACCGCCAUCCGUCGCGGGUUCUAGCGCGCCAUCAUCACCGGCAACACAACAUCCCACAUACCCUUCUCGGCUGCCUGUACCGCCUCCGCUGGAUCCUGCUCCUACAGGGAGACGAUUCACCCACACAGAUACAGCCACAGUUGCGAGAGGCGGCACACCACCCCGCCAACUGUCACCGUACGAUUGGCAUGAUGGUUCAUCCACUAUCGACCAGGAGCCGCCUGAGGGGCGCAUGCUCAGCACCAAUAUCAUCACCGAACUUCUCUCCUCUGCGGACUCGACUAUGUCUGCUGGGAGUGAAACAUCAUACACCUACCCGCCGCAGCAUGGGCGUGUCCACCGCUACCAACCCUCUCAACUGUCAGAUAUGACAUAUCCGCCGCCCGCUCGGACGUCUCCCCGUGCCGCAACACACCAACAGCUGGAUGCGAUCCAUGAUGUGCUGGCGAGCGCGUCUUCCGUCCCGCCCUCGACGGCACAUGGAACGACCGAUAACGAGACCAUCGCGAGCUAUGAGGGCACUGCGCAAGUUGUGCAAGUUCAGGGCCAGGGUCACCCGGUUAGCGUUGUGGGCAUGGCGCCCGCGCGCACCGCGAUGCUUCGGCAUGUCGCGAGCGGCGAUAGUGGGUUCCUUGCGUCGAGCAUGUACACUGCAUCCGGCCGCGACAGCCGCUCUACAUACAACUCUGCGCAUCCGCUGUAUGGAAACCCUAAUCGUCCGCUAAGCCGACUGGUGCCACAAGAUGUCGACGAACCAACUGAGCCCACCGUUUAUCCGUUCCCCGGAGCCGGAGAGGGUGGCAUCUCGCCCGCGCGCGAUGGUCCCAGCGGCAACUCGCCUGCGCUCAGCCGAACGCCCUCUGCGAUGCGCACGCCCCGUCAACGACGUGUAAGCACGUACAGCCAGAAGAGCUUCAAGAGUCAAGUCAGUAGUUUCGUGAGUGCGGCGGGCGAGAGGACGGCCCGCGCAGCUCAACGCACACUCGAGUGGUUCCGCGUGAAGCCAUUGCCGCCAGUACCGACGUUCCAGAACAUGAGCAUACAGGAAGAGGAGAUGGCCCGCGCGAGAGAAGGCGCACAACCUUUACCGGCGCUAGCGAUGCGUGCAGACAGACUCAACCAUAUGCUCGCACAAGGCCGGUUACCUGCGAACAGUAUGUACUCCGACGGAAAUGGGUUGGACAUGGGCUUUGAGAAGAUCGAGUACGACGAGGUGCAGGCUGCAACUACCGGCCGUUCGCGGUUCAGUAAAGGCACCGCGGGGCGCAAACGCCAAAGCGUCGGUGGCGCUGCUGCGUUCGCAGCCGCUACGGGGUACCCGGGCGAGGGCGACGUUAGCAGUCCUUCCAAGUCAAGGAGACACUACUUCUCGAAGACUAUGACGAAGAAGCAGAAGAUCAGGCUUGCUAUUAUUGUGACGGUCGCGGCCGUAAUCGUCAUUAUUGCCGUCGUCGUCGGGAUUGUGGUCGGGAGAAGUAAAAGUUCAGCGUCAUCUUGUACGGGGAACAUGGUUGGCAAAGACUGUUCGUUAGAUGCCACCUGCGUCUGCACGUCCUCGUCGUCUUCCAGUUGUAACGCCGUCGCUGCAAGCCUUGUGAACCUGCUACCCACCGUGAACGAUAUCUUUGCCGCAAACAUGACCUCUUCGGACGUAUCUACCUCGAUGACGGCUGCAUUCGGCUCAGUCGCUCAUAACGACUGCUCCCAGCAAGCUCUCGUACUUGACGUCUCCCCGGUUCUUGGUAGCAGCACUCCAAAUCGCACUGCUUGGGCUCAAGCCGCGCUCAUGUGGAGUAUGGUGCUGAGCCAAAGCGAUUCAGACGUUGGCACCCUGCGCGACUUCGUGCGCGACGCGGACUGGAGUGCUAUUGAAAACGUCGACGGGCCCAUCACGAGCAAGGGAGCGACGUAUCAGACCACCCAGCUCGGAUUCGCGUUCGAUUUCGCGGCUCAGACCGUAAGCGAGCCUGGUACCACAUUUUCAGAUGAUGGGGAGCCUAGCAGCGAACAGCUUGCCAAGACGGAUAGCACGACGCAGGCCGCUCUGGAUAAGGUCUAUACUGCCGCAGCGGCUAUGUCCUCGAUGCAGGCGAAUGCGAUGCAGACGUACUGGCAAUCUACCCUCCAACAAGACCCGAAACAGUACGCGACAUUCCUCUCGCUCUUCGAGUCAUCUCCCGUGCUUCUGCCCUUCAAUGCCAACUCUACUCUAUCGACCUUGCUCACCAAUUCGACGUCCGACCCCUUUCCACCGCCGCAGUCGUGUAACCCCAGCAUCAGCUCCUCUGAUCUGAGCCAGCUGUCAUCCGUCGAGACGAUCGUAUUUGGCCUCGCCACGCCGACACAACAAUCCAAAUUUGACUCGUCGUGUUUCCCCGACCGGCCCAUCUAUGGUCGCUUGGACUACCUGCGACUGCGUAUGCCUUUCCUCGAUGGAGCUGUAAACGCCACCACGCAAGCUGUCACCUUGAAACCCGCUGUGCGCCCGAGAGUGGUCGUGUCCAAUGGCCCACAGUUCGCAACGCUACCUCUGGGCGAAGCACCUCGCACUGUACAAACCGACCGGCGGCGGUAUGGGACCUUAAACCAUAUGAACCAUAUCCUCUUCGACUUCUUCGAAGCGAUUGGUGACGUCACUGUGGCUUCUGCGCUGGUGCAGUACAUCUUAUCGCAGUCGUCAUAUCCACCGACGUCGAGCACCCUCCUCGAUGCCCUCGAUUCACUGCCCAUCAUUGAGGUUGCAGUCUUUGGCUCCGUCACGCCAAGCGAUGUGUCGAGUGUAGUGUCAAGCUUCGCAAACCCUGAAGGCGGACUAUGGUUCGGAACCGACCAGAGUCUAUUGCUUCGACAGUGGGCCAUCAACGGCGUGCAGAAUGGCGGCGUCAUGUGGACACCCAACGCGACUGCCGCGAAGGUUGUGCACGACACCAGCUUCACCGACUCGACGUUCAAUAGCGUCUGGGAUCCGGCGUACAUGUUCUUCCAUGCGAACACGAACUCAAUCGUAGGCGUCAGCAAUAUCACUACUGCUUUCGAGUCUGUCGGCAAGUUCUCGCCAUGA